AUGUCCAUUUUUGGCCGAGUCAUUUCGCUGGUGCUCAUCGCCCGUCGCUCGCGCCACUUUGCGGGAACACGGUACCUCAAGUGGGGGGUGAACGACCGGGGGCGAGUGGCCAACGAGGUGGAGGUGGAGCAGCUGCUGCUCUGCACCGCUCUGCACCUGCACCGCUACGACCCCAUGUACACAGCAGCGCGGCUGCACUUUGAGAAUCUCAUGGAGCGGUACGGCCGCCCUGUCAUCAUCCUCAACCUCAUCAAGGUGCAGUGCGGUACAGUGCAGUACGGUACGGUCCCUGCUGCCGUCCUUACUCUGUGGAGCAGUACAAGCGCUCCAUCAACAUCCUCCAUCCUCAACUUCAUCAAGACAGUGGAGAAGCACCCGCGGGAGAUGAUUCUUCGGAGGGAGUUCGCCAUGGCAGUGGCGUAUCUCAACCGCGUGCUGCCACCCGACUCCUCCCUCACCUACAUUCACUGGGACUUUUCAAGAUACGCCAAGAGGGAGUGCCUCGCCAAGACCGGCUUUUUCUACUCUGGCCAGCUCGCCAGGGCUGCCACCAAGACGUGCUUCUCUUCCCGGCCGGCCACCCUUCCCUCUACCGCCACCACUGCUGCUGCUGCACCCAGCACAACUGGACCGAAGGAGGAGGAGGGGGUCAAAAGCAGAGGAGGCAGCAAGGGUAGAGGAUCAUCAUCAUCAGCCGCAGCAGUGGAGGAGGAGGAGGCAGGGAGAUGGGUGCGUCCCCCGCAGCUUCAACACGGGAUAGUCCGAACCAACUGUCUCGACUGCCUAGACCGCACCAACGUGGCCCAGUUCGUGAUUGGUCGAGAGGCCCUCGCCCAGCAGCUCUACUCCCUCGGCAUCACAGAUUCGCCGCACCUGGACAGCAAGAGCGACAUGGGGAGGCGGCUGCAGGGGAUGUACAUCGCGAUGGGGGAUGCCCUGGCGCUGCAGUAUGGGGGGUCUGCAGCACACAACCUGGUCAUUGCUGAGAGGCCGGGGACUUGGCGGUCGACUCUGCAUUCCCAGGAGGUGCUGAAAUCGCUCCAUCGGUACUACAGCAAUGCGAUUACUGACGCUGAUAAACAAGACGCUAUCAACCUCUUUCUCGGUCACUUCCAGCCGUGGGCAGGGCAGGCAGCCAUCUGGGAGCUGGGGUCGGACCAGCACCUGCAUGGAGCCACAGGGAGGGGCGCGCAGGUGGGGGAGGUGGGGGUGGAACAGGGGCAGCUGAGUGGAGGGAGGGGAGUGGAGGGGGGUGGAAUGAUGGGAGCAGCAGCCAUGCCGUCUGCUUCCUUCUCUCCCAGCCUCGCGUCCCUCCCUGAUGUGUCCGAUGCACCGUCUCCUCCCAUGGACCUCUCGCUCCUCCCCUCCCACGUGGGGAGUGGCAAUCAGGGUGGUAGUUUGGGGCAGGAGGGCGGCGACAGGGGUGUGCAGGAUUGGAGAGGUGUGCGAAGCGGUGUGAGGGAUGGUGGAGAGGUGGGAGGUGGUGGAAAGGGAUUGGGGAGGGGAAGAGGUGGGGAGGUGGUUAACCCGACGGAAUGGGCUGGGGAGUUGAAGGAGUGUGGGUAUGUGUUUCUGCACGAGCUCUCUCCAGAUACUCCCCACAGUUCUGCUGCUGCUGGGGUUUCUACUGGUCCAUGUGCUGCUGAUGCAAAGGCUGCGUAUCCGGCAUUGCGGAGGGAUGGAGGCGAGGCGAGUGCAUUGCACCUAGCUCAUGCAUGCAUGGACGGGUCAUCCUGGCACUUCUACCAAAGCUACCUCACAUCCGUCCCCUCCCUCAUCCCCGGCAACACCCUGUCUUCUGAGGGGGACAAGGGCGCACAUGCACACAGGCAGGCCGGGCCGCAGGGAGCAUGGCCUCUGGAGCUGCAGGGCUUUGGUGCACUCAACAGUCUUGAAAAUACAAGAGGAGGAGGCAGGGAGGGGCCACGGUUGGAUGAGAUGCUGGGAGGGUGGGCCGUGGCAGAGGCAGCAGUGGAAGAUGCGAGGAGAGCAGAGGAAGCAGAGGAGGUGGUGAGGAGGGAAGCGGAGCUUUUGGGUGGUGAUUAUGGGGUGAGUGUGCCGCAUGUGCUGCCUGCAGUGGUGUGUGCUGGGCUCAUGGAUGGGUGGGUGGCACAGAGUCAGGCUGACAUGAGAGCACCCUUCCAGCUGUUGCCUUAUUGA